GUUCCGCCCCAAAAGGGAAAUGACGCCGGUGCAGAAGAUGGCGUCCGCGAAGCCUGUGGACCGCUGUGGUUUGUUACCCGUUUAAUUUAGAGCAGUGUCCGGCGGGGGGGGGGGGGCUUCUCUUCGUCUGGCAGAUGGACGAUAACAUGGCAGUGCACCGCUGCCGUACGCUUUCUUGAGUCCGGCAUCGAACCCGCAACUUCAUGUCCGAAGGAGCCAGAGCUGCCUGGUCGAAGAGGGGUUGUGGGGAUUCGCGCCGCCGAGAACCAGGGAAACAUAAACACAGGAAAUGCGAGCGGCCCCUUAGCGCUCAGCCGUCGAAGCCUGUGAUCGUUCGCCCGGGCUCCAAAAGGUGUGUUAUGUCGGGGGCAGAUGUGGAGGUGUACCUGUCCCAGGUGCACGAUGGGAGUGUGUCGUCGGGCUUCCGGGCGCUUUACGAGGAGCGCCUGCUGCUGGAUGUCACACUGUUGAUAGAGGAGCACCACUUCCAGGCCCACAAGGCGCUUCUGGCCACCCAGAGCGACUACUUCCGGGUCAUGUUCACAGCAGACAUGAGGGAGAGGGACCAGGACAAGAUCCACAUGAAGGGGCUGACAGCCGCGGGGUUCGGCCACAUUCUCCGAUUCAUGUACUACGGCUCCCUGGAGCUCAGCAUGCCCACUGUCCAAGAGAUCCUUCAGGCGGCCAUGUACGUCCAGCUCACGGAGGCGGUGGAGUUCUGCUGCUCCUUCCUGCUGGCCAAGAUCUGUCUGGAGAACUGCGCGGAGGUCAUGCGCCUCCUGGAGGACUUCAGCGUGGGCGUGGAGGGCGUCCAGGAGCAACUCGACAACUUCCUACUUGACAACUUUGUUCCCCUCAUGAGCCGACCCGACUUCCUGUCCUACCUCAGCCUCGAGAGACUGCAGGCGUACCUGAACAGCGACGCUCUGAGUCGCUUCCCAGAAAUCGAGCUGUAUGAAGCUGUCCAGGCGUGGCUGCGACACGACCGGCGGCGCUGGAGGCACACCGACACCAUCGUCCAGUCCAUCCGCUUCUGCCUCAUGACUCCUGCCAACAUCUUUGAGAAGGUGAAGACGUCAGAGUUUUACCGUUACUCCCGGCAGCUGAGGCAGGAGGUCGAUCAGGCGCUCAGCUACUUCCACGAUGUCAACCAGCAGCCUCUGGUGGAGACGCGCUCCAACCGCAUCCGCUCCGUCCGCCCGCAGACCGCCGUCUUCAGGGGAAUGAUCGGUCACAGUAUGGUCAACAGCAAGAUCCUCCUGCUGCAGCGGCCAAAGGUGUGGUGGGAGCUGGAGGGACCUCAGGUGCCGCUGCGACCCGACUGCCUGGCAAUCGUCAACAACUUUGCCUUCCUGUUGGGUGGCGAGGAGCUGGGGCCCGACGGAGAGUUUCACGCCUCCUCCAAAGUCUACCGCUACGACCCUCGACAGAACUCCUGGCUACGCAUGGCCGACAUGUCCGUGCCGAGGUCAGAGUUCGCCGUGGGCGUCAUCGGCAAGUUCAUUUACGCCGUAGCGGGCCGCACGCGAGACGAGACCUUCUAUUCCACGGAGCGCUAUGACAUCACGGAGGACCGCUGGGAGUUCGUGGACCCGUAUCCUGUCAACAAGUACGGCCACGAGGGAACGGUCCUCAACGGUAAACUGUACAUCACCGGCGGCAUCACCUCCUCCUCCACUUCCAAACAGGUGUGCGUGUUCGAUCCGGGGCGGGAAGCGGGAGGCGGGGGAGGAGGAGGAGGAGGUGGCGGCAGCUCGGGCGGGUCAGACGCACACAGGACACGCGCCGGUCGAGGCCCGCUGCUGCCCGGCACCCACGCCAGCUGCUGGGAGAACAAAUCCAAAAUGAACUACGCCCGUUGCUUCCACAAGAUGAUCUCUCACAACGGGAAGCUGUACGUGUUCGGCGGCGUGUGCGUGAUCCUGCGGGCUUCCUUUGAGUCGCAGGGCUGCCCGUCCACCGAGGUGUACGACCCGGACACCGACGAGUGGACCAUCCUCGCCUCCAUGCCCAUUGGGCGCAGCGGCCACGGGGUGGCGGUGUUGGACAGGCAGAUCAUGGUGCUGGGCGGCCUGUGUUACAACGGCCACUACAGUGACUCCAUCCUCACCUUCGACCCCGAUGAAAACAAGUGGAAGGAGGACGAGUAUCCCAGGAUGCCUUGCAAACUGGACGGUCUGCAGGUGUGCAGUCUGCACUUCCCAGAGUAUGUGCUAGAGCACGUCAGACGCUGCAGCUGAGGUCUGCUCCACAACAAGCCUCCUUUUUAUAGAAAUGGGAAUGCACUGUUCAAGGACUGAAGUCUCCCACUGGGAGAUCAGGUGUUUACAGGUGGGAGACUCUACUGAUGCGCAGGCUUUUAAUCUAGAGACCAGCACUUACCUAAGGUGAGGAAAAGAUGGCCGGGCCAUAGAUUUUGCUGUUCUCAAUGAAGCCAAUGGAAGCGUGGCGAGACGUCACAUGUUAACAGUCAGCUUGAACACUUUCAGAAUUAGCUUUCUCAGAAAAAUUAAGAAAUUUUUUUUGUGGGGAGAAAAAAAAACAAGUUCUGCUGGUUUAUGUUUGGACUGUGGUCAGUUUCCUAUUCUACUACUCACCUACUGUAUUUAGGCUGUCCAGUCAGGCUUAUUGCAGAAACGCACUGGAAGCUUCAGACUCAUUUACAUUUACAGUCCUGACCUGUAUUUAUCGGAUUUCACUCUCAAACGAAACCUGGAUCACAAACGUAUCUGAAUUAGGUUUCUUUGCUUUCAUAGCGUCUGUUGACCUAUUUAAAGGCAAACAAGCAUCCUGUAUAUCGUUAAUCAAUUAGUGAACGACUGCGGCUAUUUUAAACAAAGAGAAAAAAAGCCCUAUAAGAUAUAUAACAGCCAGUUUAAAGCAUACAAUUAGGUAUAUAAACAAAAUAUGAACACUAUAUACUGUAGUGUAGCUCAUUUUAUAGCCUGUAUCCAAGUAUACGAAGCAGACUGUAGAGAGAGACCCCUCAAACAGACACCAUGUUGUUACAGAUGCUGCUAACCAGCUGCUAACCAGCUGUCAACCCGCCACACUCACAGAUUCUCGCUUCCAGUGCGUUCCAGCUUUUAGUCCCAAUUCUGCUCUUUACUCCCAGAUAUCCACCAUAACUGUGCUCAUGUUCAUAUAACAUCACCGUGUCUUUCUGUGCCCCCCCCACUCCUUCCUCUGUCUGAGAGUGUGUGUGUGUGUGUGUGUGUGUGUGAGAGAGCUGAGUCCAAGGUUGAGAGGAAAACAUAACACUACAUGGUACACGAGGGCUCAUCCUUCAUUCAGCGAUGUGACAGGGACUCAAAGGUCAAAGGAUGUUGUCUGUAUCCGUCUAGUCACUGGCAGUGCUUUAUUUCACUCUCGUCUACAUUCCCUUUGCACUUUAUUGGUUCUUGUUGCGACUCUCGGGGUGUAAAUGCACAGUUUUACCAGCUAAACUUCACAAAGCAGCUGUAGUGUUACAACAUGCUGUAAUGUUACAGUGUCUGAAAUUAAUGUCCUGGCUGAACCUGAACCGUUCCCACUCUCACAUAUGCAGCUGGAUUAUAUGUUUAACACACGUUGGGCCUCACGCAAGAACAUUUUCUUCUCAACCUAAAGUUAUUUUCUUCUGUCACGUUGUUGCUCUUAACUGUGCAAACUUGUCGUAGUUAGUUUCAGAAGAAACGAGCGUUCACCUGUUUGAGACGAGGUGAUCGAUCGUUAGAAGGCUGCUGGUUCUGAUCCGUUCGUGGAUCAGGUUUCACACACACGUCCUGGAAUAUCUGUACAUUUAGAGACGAGUUUUCCAAUCAUGGAAACAGCUGGAGCUUGAUUAAACUGACCAAAUAUGCUGGAAAUAAUGUGUGUUGUGCACCUAUGCAAACCUAGGUGUGUAUUUUGUUUGAAACCCGGCUGUCGGUAGGUUAAACUCUGAGUAUGACACUUUUUAAAGCAGGUUUAUCCGAUGCUUCCUUCUCAGUCAGUGUAGCUGUUCACACCUGAUGUGGAGUGAAACAGACUUGGUCAUAUCUUCAUACAUACAGCCAUUUGUUCUGGUGCUCAAUAAACACGCACAGCGAUCAGUCUUAGGCUUUAAUAGGUGAGAAGAAUUUGCUAUGAAAUAAUAAUUCUACUUGAUUUGAACUGUAAUAAAGUGUCGUCAGUUCACCUGAGACCACAGCAUGAAAAGAUGUGGUGAGAACAGUGUGGAGUAUCCCAUAAAGACACUUCAUCAUGAGCCCUGCUUCAUUUAAAAAAAAGGAGGAAUAAACCUGUUUAAAUGUGUCGAUACUGAGCCUUACCGGUAAAUUAUAGCUCCGGUUAAACGAGUGUGUUGUGGGGAGACUCUCUAACAGUCGGGACCACCGGUGAUCUUCUUUUUCUCUUUAAAUCUCUCAUACAGGACGGAUCUUUUUGUACGAGUGCUUCUUGCGUGAGGCCCGUUGUUUACUCUGUAGUUUGCUCUUCACAUUUCAUCUUCCUCACGUACAAAAACCAGGUUGUGUGUGUUUGAAUCCAACCGCCUGAGCUCAGCGUAACCGAGGCUCAACCAAUGACCAGCCAGUGUUUUAGGAUGAUUUUAUUUAUUUAAUUUUUUUGCCAGUAUGUGAACCAAAGCUGAACUUUUACCGGCCUCUUGCAGUCAGCUGUGUUAAUUUCAGACAUUGAAGAGUCACCUGGAGUUCUUCAGUCACGUCACUUCUUUUAGCCGGUUCAAUAUUUCUUCUGUCAUAUGUACUGUAAUAGCUUUCACAUCCAAGCAGCUCAACGCCUUGAUCCUGGAGCCCAGCACGCCCUGCUCGAUUACCAGCUCCUCGUUUCUCACCUGGUCCUCUCUACAUAUUUAUAUUUCUUUUUUUUAAUUUUAUUUUUUUAUUUCCCAUGAGCCAACUGUGAAAAGGGCUAGAACACAUACUGAUGCAGUUCUGUAUGUCGGCCGCGUAUUUAAGUUAUUUAUUUUCUGAAGUAUUGCUUUCACCGAGCUAUGCAGUAACAGAACUAGGGUUAUUUAUUAUGACAAGCAUUUUCAUUGUGAAUCGUGUUGUUUUUUUCAAAAUUGUACUUUUGUCGUCUUCUCCUGUUUUCAUCCUCGAGCCGUCUGUCCCGUCCUCCUCAGCAGCACUGCAUGUGGCUAAUGAAUGGAUGCUUUGAGUCUUUCUUCCAGUGAACACUGACCAGAUUGCAGGUACAGUUUUAAAAGGAAGGUUACUGGUGUUAUUUAACAAUUACAGCCCCAUUUUUACCCCAACUUUACAUUUUCCUGUAUGCAAAAAGUCUCAUUCAGCAGAUCAAUCAUCAUUUCUUUAAUACAAAUUGUAGGCAGCAUGUUUUUUGGGGGGAAUCAGACUUCAAUUUUCUUCCUGAUAUGAAAAGAAAAUCCGGUGUUAUCCUUUAAUUAAUGGCUCUUUGUAUCAACGAUGUCCCUGCUGUCCACACACAGACCUCCAGAUGCCACUGGGGUUUGUUUAUUGGGGGGGUAGGAAUCUUAGAUUGUGUAAAUUCCCCCACGUUGACGCCUCCUCAGUGGUGAGAAGUUGUGUUUCUCACUGUGGACUUGACGGUGGGAAAAAUGUUUUCGAGGAAAUACAGUAGAUGCAUUGGCGAUUAUUUUCCUAAUCAAUUAAUUGUUUAGUCAAUAAAAUGUCAAAUAAAAGUGGACAAUGUCUUUUUGUUUCGUUGGAUCAAUAAUCCAGAACUCAAAAGAUCUUUAGAUUUGAGAAGCUGGAACCAGCAAAUGUUUAUUUUUACUUUAAAAUGAUCAAAAUAGUUGCAGAUUGACUUAAUUUUAAUAGACUUAUUGAUUAAUUGACUGAUCAUUGCAGCUCUAAUACACAGCCAUUACUCUAAAGAUGUUCCAGAAGCAUUCCUACCAACUCUGAUCGGCCAAUCGAAUACAUAUUACUACAAAAUGUAUGUAUAUUAUAUAUUAAUUUUAUGUUAUCAUUAUUAUUAGCACAUACUGCUAAGCCUGUAUAAUUGCUAUCAUUGUUGACUGGCUCAGGUUAAACCCUUGGUUAGAGUCAUUUAAAGCAGCAUAAGCCAAUAAAAACCUGGUAAACUGAAGCUAAAUGAAAAGAAUUGUUCAAACUAAAACUAUUUUUGCUUUCAAACUGUAUUUCCUCCCAUUUUUCCUGCCGUUAAACAUGUUUAUUAUUCAGAUCUGUUCACUUUUUUUAUACCUAAAACUGCUUUUCUUCCCCUAUUCCAGUUUGUUUUUAAUGUCCCUUCUAAUGUUUGAAGUCGGAAACCUUCAGAAUAACCACAGACCACAGCCCUGCUCACCCUGAGGCCGGUCUGGUUGGGGAACUGGCCUCUUUAACUCCACGUCCCUUUAUAUGUGUCACUGUAGUCUGCAGCUGAUAUCAUCUACAUCACAUCUGCCACUCUGCAGUCCUCUCGCUGCUCCUCCUCUUCCUCCUCCUCCUCCUCCUCCUCUCAUGUUGCUGUUAAAAGAACAAACGUGUAACCGAUAAAGUACUACUGUCCUGAUUUGAGGCACAUUCAGUCAUAGCAGCAUCCUUUAGUCCACCACGUCUUCAGUCUGUCAGUUAGGAAAACAGAAUAGAGGAUUUUAAAAAACAAAACAAAAAAAAACAUACCUUGCUACAACGACUGUAUCCGAAAAAGAAAGUAAAAUCAGAUUAACAUAUCUUAUAAUCUGAGUAGAAACUCUUUGGAAACGAUUUGUAACUUCUUUCCAGAAAUAAAUGUUCAUAUUGGUCAACUUUCA